GCGCUGUAAACAUUCUAACCUAUCAAUUAGCUUUCCAAUUCGAUUGGUUUGUGCCUUUGCCAGUGCUUGCGUCUGUUUGGGUAAUUUUGCUUAUUUAAUUAAGUUUAAUUGAUCUUUGAGCGAUGGAGACUGUUCCAAAGGAUUUGAGAGGACUCAGGGCAUGCUUGGUUUGCUCCCUUAUUAAGACUUUUGAUCAGUUUGAAAACGAUGGAUGUGAUAAUUGUGAUGAUUUUCUGCGAAUGAAAAGUAAUAAAGAUAAUGUGUACGACUGCACUAGCUCCAAUUUUGAUGGAAUGAUAGCUGUGAUGAGUCCGGAAGACAGUUGGGUCUGUAAAUGGCAGAGAAUCAGUCGAUUUUGUAAAGGAGUAUAUGCAAUUUCUGUGUCGGGUAGAUUACCAGCUGGUAUUGUAAGGGAAAUGAAGAGCAGAGGAUUAAUCUACAGGCCGAGAGAUACAAGUCAGCGAUAAUGUGUGUUUCAUAAAAAUUUAUAUUAUUAAUAUUAUUUUUUUUGUAACAAUUCAUUAUACAUAAUACAACAGUAG